UCAAUGUGGGAAGCUUAUUCAUCACUGAACUGUUGUUAAACUUUUGGUUAUCUGUUGUGACUCUCCUGAACAUGGGUGUAUUUACAACUUCAGGCUAUGACAUUGGUACUUUUAAUUUCACAGAUUUGUCAGACUUGACUACUGAUACUGAUGACUAUGAAUCAGACUUGGGUGGAUUAUGUAACAAAGAGUUGGUGCGACAGUUCAGUAAGACCUUUGAGCCCACUCUCUACUGGAUUAUCUUUGUCGUGGGGGCUUUGGGUAACCUACUGGUUGUCUGUAUCUUCACAACUGUGCGAAACCGCCUCAAGACCAUGACUGAUGUGUACCUUCUGAACCUGGCAGUGGCUGAUCUUCUUUUCCUAGGCACAUUGCCCUUCUGGGCAACAAAUGCUGCUCAGGGCUGGGUGUUCAGCCAGGCCAUUUGCAAAGGAAUUUCUGCAGUCUACAAGAUCAACUUCUUCUCUAGCAUGCUCUUACUCACCUGCAUUAGUGUAGACCGCUACAUUGCCAUCGUUCAUGUAACUGAAGCUCACAACUACAAAAACAAACGAAUGCUAUAUAGUAAGAUAACGUGUGUUUUUGUGUGGCUCGCAUCUUGCCUCUUAGCUCUACCAGAAUUUCUCUUUGCCAAUGUGAAAAACAUUGACCCACAUGGCACUUCCUGUGUUAUGGUAUAUUCAAUCACAGACAACAAUCGUACCAAAGUCUUGGUAUUGGCUUUACAGAUCAGUGUUGGCUUCAUACUCCCAUUACUUGUCAUUGUAUUGUGUUACUCAGUCAUUAUUCGUAAACUCAUGCAGGCUCGAAGCUUUGAAAAACACAAGGCUUUAAGAGUCAUCUUUGCAGUUGUGGCUGCUUUUGUUCUCUCACAGUUGCCAUUCAGUGGAUAUCUAAUUAUACAAGCAGGCCAAGCCAACAACGCUACAAUAACAAACUGUGAAGUCAUGCAAAGCUUAGACAUGGCUGGGCAAAUUGUGAAGUGUCUUGCAUACACACAUUGCUGUCUGAAUCCCAUCCUGUAUGUAUUUAUUGGUGUUCGCUUUCGGAAGGAUCUCUUCAGCCUGCUUCAGCGCAUGUCCUGUGGCAUGGGACUGGUCAACAAUAGCAAACUGCAACAAGUUCCCAAGAGGCCCUCUAUUAUGUCUGACACUGACACCACCCCUGUUUUUUCUUUAUAGACACCAGUAUACAGUUUUGACAUCCUUUUAAUCCUUUUUGUCAUGGUUAUAGGCCAUGUUUGGGCAAAGCCUUUGAAAUGUGCUUUAUGAUAGUAUUAUUCUUGCAUAGUUCUCUGUCUGUAAAUGAUGGCAGAUAGUGGAGGCAUAGACUUUGUACAUUUUGCAUUUUGCAUUUUGUACAUUCUGUUCUUGAGCAUUUAACCACAAUUUUGGCAUGGAUGAUUGCAGUUAGAGCAAUGUUACAAAAAAUGUUGUAAAGUGUAAAUAGAUGUUAAAAAUGUAGAACUUAUUAAAUGUAAUAAAUUUUAUUUUGAUUUAAUUUUGUAUUAUAAAUAAAGUGAUUUUUUUUCAUAAAAUCUAA